AAAAACCAGCAGACGAGAUAGGAGAAAAAACUGUCUCCACUCCUGCCUCCUUGCCUUCCCGUUCCCAAAUUGAAAAUUCAAAAAACUGAAAAAGGUAAAGCAGCACUACUACCACCGCUCUCAAAUCUGAAAGAAAACACGCAGUUUGCCUCUCCUUCAGGUUACAACAAACAAACACAUGUAAAUUUAUUUUGACAGAAAUGUCCCUCCUCAGUAGAUUCUUUUACCGGAGACCUCCUGAUGGCUUACUCGAAUUUGUUGAUAGAGUUUACGUGUUUGAUUCUUGUUUUUCCACUGAUGUAUUACCGGAUGGAAUGUACCAAAUUUACCUGCACGAAAUAAUAACUGAAUUAUAUGAGGAAUUUCCGGACUCUUCUUUUCUGGCCUUUAAUUUUCGGGAAGGCGAGAAACGGAGUCAGCUUGCAGAAAUUUUAUGUCAGUAUGAUGUUACUGUAAUGGAUUAUCCGCGGCAGUAUGAGGGUUGUCCAUUGCUGCCAUUGUCUUUGAUUCAGCAUUUUCUUCGUGUUUGUGAGAGUUGGCUUACGAAAGGGAAUCAUCAGAAUGUUAUCCUUUUUCACUGUGAGAGAGGGAGUUGGCCAUUGUUGGCAUUUCUUCUGGCCAGUUUCUUGAUUUUUAGGAAGUUGCAUAGUGGUGAGAAGAGGACUCUUGAGAUUGUUCAUAAAGAGGCUCCUAAAGGGUUCUUGCAGCUCUUGUCGCCGCUCAAUCCUUUUCCAUCUCAACUUCGUUAUCUUCAGUAUGUGGCUAGGAGAAAUAUAGCACCUGAGUGGCCACCUCCUGAACGGGCGCUUUCUUUGGAUUGUGUCAUUUUUCGUGCCAUUCCCAGUUUUGAUGCUGGAAAUGGGUGUAGGCCAAUCAUUCGUAUUUUUGGUAGGAACUUACACACAAAGGGUGGACUUUCUACGCAGAUGCUCUUCUCUAUGUCUAAGAAGAAGAAGUCUGCCCUUCGGCACUACUGCCAGGCGGACUGUGACGUGAUAAAGAUUGACAUUCAAUGUUUGGUGCAAGGAGAUGUUGUCUUGGAGUGUCUGCAUUUGGACUUGGAUUCUGAAAGGGAAGUUAUGAUGUUUCGUGUAAUGUUUAAUACCGCUUUUAUUCGAUCCAAUAUAUUGAUACUCAAUUCUGACAAUUUGGACAUUCUUUGGGAUUCAAAAGAGCGGUAUCCAAAAGGCUUCCGUGCAGAGGUUCUGUUUGGGGAGGUUGAGAGCAUCUCCUCUCCGAAAGCCCCAACUACAAUUUUAAAUGGUGAGGAAAAAGGUGGAUUGCCAAUUGAAGCCUUUUCAAGAGUUCAAGAGCUAUUUAGUGGCGUUGAGUGGGUUGAUAGCAGUGACGAUGCUGCAUUGUGGUUGCUUAAACAGCUAUCAGUCAUUAGUGAUGCCAGAGAAUUUUCAAGAAUGCAAAGUCAAGCGAGUUCAUAUGCAUCACCUGUUGAUUCUGAAGAUGAAAAUAAUGCAUCUAGCACUGCUGAUAGUUCGGAUGAAGCAUUUGAUUAUGUUUCCAAGUCUACAGCUGAAGGAAUGAAACCAUUGAUGUCAAAUACUGUUGAGUCAGUUCCCUUAUCUUCUGAAAGUAAUGAUCCACAGGAUUUGGAUCUAACUACAGACCCUCCACCUCAAGUUUCAGUCAAGGGUGUACCAUUUUCUCUUCAUCAACAACUAUCAGUUGCAGGUGUAGAAACUCUGACUUCUCCAUGCCCCCCUCAACCCCCUCCACCACCCCCUGUUGCUCGCACACCACCACCACCUCCACCACCAGCUCCACUAGACCCAUACCCUCCUCCCCCCCCUCUGCCACCAUCACCUCCUCAACGUCCCUCUACUGCUACUACCAAUAGUAAAUCUCCACCCCCGCCUCCACCACCACCUCCUCUUCCCAAUGUCUCUAGUGGAGAUUUAUCAACAACUUCAGUUCCCACUAGUAAAAGAGACAUUCCACCACCUCCUUGUCCACCUCCCCCUCCCAACUUCUUCAAUAAAGAUGCUUCUUUACCACCUGCCUCUCAUAAUACAUGUCUGCUACCACCACCACCACCUCCUCCUCCUCCUCCUAACUUCAGUAAAGAUUCUGGUGCACCACCUCCUCCCACCUGCAGAGGCCCACCACCACCACCUCCUCCUCCUCUUCCUAACUUCAGUAAAGAUUCUGUUACACCACCUCCUCCCACCGGCAGAGGCCCACCACCACCACCCCCUCCACCUCCCCUCUUGAGUUCUUCUAAAGGCCCACCACCUCCUCCUAUUUCUUCUAAAAAUAGACAAUCCUCUGUGCCACAGCGGCUUCCAGUGCCUCCACCACCACCACCAUUGCCACCAUUCUCAAUGAGUACAACUAAUAAUAUUAAAACAUCACCACAACAGCCGCCGCCGCCGCCACCCCCUCCUCCUCCUACGACACUGUCUUCAAGUUCAAAAUCUACCGCUAGUUGUAUUGUUGGGGCACCACCUCCUCCACCUCCGCCUCUGCCUUCUUUUGGUUGCAACCCUGCUAAUGUCCCAAGGCCACCACCUCCUCCUCCUCCUCCUCCUGGUCGCAAUCCUACUAAUGCCCCAAGGCCACCUCCUCCUCCAUCUGGACCUACACGUCUCACUUCCACAGCACCGCCUCCGCCACCCAAGCCUCCUGCAGCUCCCCCUCCACCACCUGGUCGUGCCUCAGUACCAGGUCCACCUCCACCUCCACCUCCUGGAGCAAAGGGCUCUAACGUGCCACCACCUCCACCUCCAUCUGCAGGAAGAGGAAAAGCUUCUUUAGGGGCAAGUAGCCAUGUAAGAGGUCGAAGUGCUGGUGGGUCUGGUAAUGCCCCCAAGAGAGCUUCUCUAAAGCCCUUGCAUUGGGUGAAAGUUACUCGAGCAAUGCAAGGGAGUUUGUGGGCUGACUCUCAAAAACAGGAAAACCAAUCAAGGGCUCCUGAGAUUGAUAUAUCAGAGCUUGAAAGUUUGUUCUCAGCAGCCUCUGUUUCAGAUGGGAAAGGCAGUAUUAAAGCUGGAGGUCGACGUGGUUCUCACAUGAACAAGCCUGAGAAAGUGCAAUUGGUAGACUUGCGAAGAGCCUAUAAUUGUGAAAUAAUGCUCACAAAAAUUAAAAUUCCUUUGCCAGACAUGAUUAAAGCAGUUCUAGCUUUGGAUUCCUCAGCUCUAGACAUUGACCAGGUUGAGAACCUCAUCAAAUUUUGUCCUACCAAGGAAGAAAUGGAAAUGCUGAGGAAUUAUACAGGUGACAAGGAAAUGCUUGGAAAGUGUGAACAGUUUUUCCUGGAGUUGAUGAAGGUUCCACGAGUUGAAGCUAAGUUGCGAGUAUUUGCAUUCAGAAUUACUUUUUCUAGUCAGGUGGAUGACUUAAGACGAAAUCUGAAUAGUAUAAAUGAUGCUACUAGAGAGGUAAAAGAAUCUGCGAAAUUGCGUCAGAUAAUGCAAACAAUUCUCACUCUGGGAAAUGCUUUGAAUCAGGGCACUGCACGAGGAUCUGCUGUAGGAUUCAAAUUGGACAGUCUUCUUAAAUUAUCAGAUACUCGUGCAAGAAACAAUAAAAUGACAUUAAUGCACUACUUGUGCAAGCUACUAGCUGAGAAAAUGCCGGAGUUACUAGACUUUGAUAAGGACCUUGUUCAUUUAGAAGCUGCCUCUAAGAUUCAACUGAAAACUCUGGCUGAAGAAAUGCAAGCUGUGAGUAAAGGCCUUGAAAAGGUUGAGCAAGAACUCACCACUUCAGUAAAUGAUGGUGCCAUCUCCACUGGCUUUCAAAAGGUCUUGAAGAAUUUCCUUGACACUGCUGAAUCUGAAGUUAGGUCACUUAUCUCAUUAUAUUCUGAAGUGGGAAGAAAUGCAGAUUCCUUGUCUCAGUACUUUGGAGAGGAUCCGGCUCGUUGUCCCUUUGAACAAGUGACACAGAUCUUGGUUGUUUUUGUUAAAUUGUUCAAAAAGUCACGAGAGGAGAAUGAAAGACAGGCUGAUGUUGAAAAGAAGAAAUUGGAAAAGGAAGCCAUGAAAGAAAAGGCAACCGCUAAUUUAUCUGCUAGGAAAGAUGGUGUUGAUAGCGAUAAGUCAAUGCUUGGCUUUCAAAUUCAGAAAGAACUUCUUAAUCAUGGUUCUAAUCACACGACAACCUGAAGGAGAUUCUUGGAGGAGGUUAGUCUUGCAUGCUAAUGGGCAGCAUCCGCGGUUCCUCAAAGCCACGUUAAAAGCAAUAUAAUAUUGCUUUACAGAGCCAAAUGCAACUCAACAAUGUGUUAAAUUUUACUUGCUGAGAACCAGGAAUUUCAUGGCGACGGCACAAACCCUUUUUUCUGGUCAUGGACGGAGCAAUCCCCACAUAUGCCUUAGGUAUUAUAUAUAGCCCCCACAAACUGUACAUAGCACAUGAAAUCUGUCAUCACCUCCACGUAGUUCCCAUCCCAAGUGAUGAUAUUUAUGAUAAUGUAUCACUGUAGAGAAUCAAAACUUUGUGGCAGUGGCUGUCGUUCCCCGGAGAACUAGUUUUGCAGAUAAUGAUAUCUGAUAUCGGUUCUUUUCAGCGCA